AUGACCACAGUGCCUCAUUGGUCAUGUUCGUUCGAAAUCUCUGAGGGCCAAUUCGUCAUCGAAACGCCGACCUCACGCGACGCCGAGGAACUGCUGCUCUACCUGCAUGAGAAUUUCAGGGAUUUCGAAACGCUGAACAAAGCCAUUGGCAUUUCCAAGGAAGAGAUUGAGCCGAUCUUCGUCGCUAUGGUGAACGAGACGACCGUUCAGCCUUCGUCGUACGUCGUUCGCAACAGAGACGAUGGUCGCAUAAAUUCGUGCGUGCUCAACUCCGUUCGCGACCUCAACCAGCUGAAGCCCACGGAUGUCAGCCAGCUGUCGGCCAAGGCUCAGAAAAUUGUCCGACUUAUUGAGGAGGUGAGGCAGCCGGUAGUCGGCCUCGACAGCAGUACCGGGAAAUUGCUGGAGAUCGUGAUCAUCAGUGUAGCUGAAACACACGCUCGUCGAGGCCUGGCGAAAAUGCUCAUCCAAUUGUGCGCCGGGCUUGCACGGCAAACCGGUUGCAGCCACAUGUUCGCUGAAGCGACUGGGUUUAAGUCCCAAGCGUUGUUUGCGAAUAUGUCGUUUGAAACGCUGAACGAAAUAAAACACACCGACCACAGAGAACAAGGCAAAGAUGUAUUCCCGAUGGAAGAUGGCAAAACGGACGGUAUUAAAUUGAUGUUCAGGUGUAUUGAAUGA